AUGGAUCACCCGCCAAAAGUUCCUACUGGCAAACUCACAGCCUUACCGAUAUCUACCUCUGGUAUCGCUGCACCCCAAGCGUUUGGAGCUCAUUGCUCCGCAGUAGGAGCUCCGAAGGGAGUUCCAGCCUACCGGGGGAAGGCUGUCACCGAAGCGGAUUGGCCAACUCUAAAGCCAGUUAUCUACCGUCUUUAUAUCAGUGAGAAUUUAACAUUCCCAAAAGUCAAGGAGGCACUGAAUGUCGAAUUUAAGUUCAACAUCACGAAACGGCAAUUCACUCGGAAAAUCGAAAAAUGGGGCUUUAGAAAGAACUUUAGAAAAGAUGAAAGAGAAGAAAUCGUGAAGGGUGGAAAGAUCCCGCAAAGAUUCACCCACGACUCACGAGUCAAUCAAAAACGGGUUGAGCGCUUACGAAGAAGAAAUGGUGUACGCGUGAGUGUUGGAUUAGAAAAUCGAAGCAGUGGCAUGCCCUCAACUCCAGAUUGCACGCAAUCUAAAACAACUAAAAUUGUCGAAGAAGAUCCUGGAAGCUACGACACGAUUUCGGAAGAGAUUCCAACAUCAAACAGCCCAGGUGAUACGGCCAUUACAAGGACAAUGGGUCUACGGAAAUCUAAUCAAGCAGCCGAUGACUGCUCUCAACUUUCGCGUUUAGUUAAAUCGUCUACACAGCUUGAGGUCAAAAAUUUCAUUUCAACCACAAGUUCUAGCAAUGUAGAUGAGAAUGUAGAAGAAAGACAAGACACAUAUGGAACGGAGACAAUUCAUAUCUGGAAUCAAGUUGAAGGAGCUUCACAAACCAUACGGCAGCACUUUAGCAUGCAGCGGACCGUGUCUCACUCAACGAAAAGGUCACUAUCGAGAAGAACCUUGUACCAAGACCACUCAACAGGGACAUAA